AUAAGCCAUACAUAAAAACCCUUCAAUUACGCUCUUGUUCAUCCUACUGGUCUCUUCUUUGUCUGUGUCAUUCUCAAAUCCUCUUUUUUAUUCUCUCUUGGUUACUUUCCCUUUUUUCUUAACAAAUCUUUAUCCAUUAAUGGAGCUUGAAGUUUCAUUGCUUUUGGAAGCUCACCAUUCCAUCUAUUUCUUUCUUUUAUUGGCCAUCAUAGCUUUCUUUCUUUUGUCUCUCUUACUCUACUUACUGAGAUUAAAGCUCUGGUGCAACUGUGAGAUAUGCGACGCUUAUCUGACCUUGAGUUGGACCAACCAAUUCAAUAAUCUUUGUGAUUGGUAUGCUCAUCUUUUGAAGAACUCUCCUACCAAAACAAUCCACAUACAUGUUCUUGGCAAUACAAUCACAGCCAAUCCAGAAAACGUUGAGUAUAUGCUCAAAACGAGAUUUGAUAAUUACCCAAAAGGGAAACCUUUCUCGACCAUCUUGGGUGACUUUUUGGGUCGAGGCAUAUUCAACGUUGAUGGUGACUUGUGGAAGUUUCAGCGAAAGAUGGCAAGUCUCGAGCUGGAUAAGUUCUCUAUAAGAGCAUAUGCAUUUGAGAUCGUUCGUUAUGAGAUUGGAGAUCGCCUUAUUCCACUGUUAUCAUCAGUUUCGGGCAAAGAAGAUGGAGUCUUGGAUUUGCAAGACGUGUUUCGAAGAUUUUCUUUCGAUUGUAUUUGCCGAUUUUCGUUUGGGCUAGACCCCAGAUGCUUAGAGAUUACUCUACCCAUGUCAGAUUUCGCUUAUGCCUUUGACCUAGCAUCGAAAUUGUCAGCCGAGAGAGCCAUGACUGUGUCUCCACUUGUUUGGAAGAUCAAACGGAAGCUGAAUUUAGGGACGGAGAAGAAAAUGAAAGAAGCUAUCAAGUUGAUCAAUAUUUUAGCCCAAGAGGUGAUAAGGCAAAGGCGUAAGAUGGGAUUUCUAUCUCACAAGGAUCUUUUAUCUCGCUUUAUGCAUACUGUGACUGAUGAGACUUACUUGAGAGAUAUCGUCAUAAGUUUCCUCUUGGCUGGCCGAGACACGGUGGCUUCAGCCUUAACCAGCUUCUUCUGGCUGCUGGCUAAGUACCCACAAGUAGGAUCAGCAAUUCUGGAAGAGGCGGAUAGCGUUCUUGGACCCAAUCAAGAGCUCAGAAGCUAUGAACAAAUGGGAGAUCUCCAUUAUUUACAAGCAGCAGUUUACGAGAGUAUGAGACUGUAUCCUCCUAUCCAAUUUGAUUCAAAGUUUUGUGAAAAAGAUGAUAUUUUACCAGAUGGGACUUUGGUGAGGAGAGGAACUAGGGUUACUUACCAUCCAUACGCUAUGGGACGGAUUGAAGAACUCUGGGGUCAAGAUUGCUUAGAAUUCAGGCCAGAAAGGUGGUUGAGAGAUGAUGGCACAUUCUUCCCUGAAAACCCUUAUAAGUAUCCAGUUUUCCAAGCAGGACUAAGGGUCUGUUUGGGGAAAGAUAUGGCUUUACUGGAGCUUAAAUGUGUGGCUAUUUCAUUGCUUCGACGAUUUCAAAUCCACUUAAUGACCUCAUGUCACACUCCACGUUUCUCCCCAGGGCUGACAGCCACUUUUAGCGGUGGGCUCCCGGUUUUGGUGCGAGAAAAAGAACCUUAUCAAUCAUCAUAGAUUUGGAGUUUUUAUCUACAUCUCUACAGUUUUCAAGUGAUCCGCUAGCCCAUUUCUUACUGUGCAGAUGUGUUUUUUUUCCUCUUCCUUGGGGUGCUAUAAUUAGUUUAUCUUUUUUUAGGGCAUAUGACCAAAAGGUUUCUACUUUCUACUGUGUUAAAGUUCAAACAUUGAUAUGUACUUGUACUUAAUGGAAGUAAUUUGUGCUACUUCUUUGGAUUGUUGCAUUUUGACUUUUUCAAUGCAGAAUUCCU